CGGCCGGAAGUUCCGUUGCGCGGGACGUGCUGCUGUUGUGCAGCGGUGCGGGCGUGUAGCACCUGGGCGACUUGAAAAGGGGUGCGGGCCGGGCCGUGGCCGUCUGGCCCCUUGGGGUAGGGUCCCUGAGCGGGCAGCCCUGGGGCGCUUGUCGCAGCCGCACAGUUCUUUCCCGCGCCUUUAGGCAAGUCGCUCGGCGCUCUGCCGCAGAGCCGCGUGGAGCCAGGAUGUCGUACAUGCUUCCGCACCUCCACAACGGCUGGCAGGUAGACCAGGCCAUCCUCUCUGAGGAGGAUCGGGUUGUGGUCAUUCGGUUCGGACACGACUGGGACCCUACCUGCAUGAAGAUGGACGAGGUGCUGUACAGCAUAGCCGAAAAGGUUAAAAAUUUUGCAGUUAUUUAUCUCGUGGAUAUUACUGAAGUGCCUGACUUCAACAAAAUGUAUGAGUUAUAUGAUCCGUGUACAGUCAUGUUUUUUUUCAGGAACAAACACAUCAUGAUUGAUUUGGGCACUGGCAACAAUAACAAGAUUAACUGGGCCAUGGAAGAUAAGCAGGAGAUGGUUGACAUAAUAGAAACUGUAUAUCGUGGUGCCCGCAAAGGACGGGGCCUGGUGGUAUCUCCCAAAGACUAUUCCACAAAAUACAGAUACUGAGGCAGUGGCAUUAUGGUCUGUGCAGAUAAACGCUGUGGAGCCAUUUUCGUGUGGAAAUACUUUCAGCUGUGUAAAGCUUUUAGAAGAUUACAUGGAACUCAGGGACUUGGCAGGUCCUUGAGUAAGGGUUGCAUACCUUAAUUGAAGCAAAUAAACAGUGAUGGAACAGUCACAAUUGUUAAGAAAA